GGUUUGACUAGCCUUAAAGUUUGCUGCUUUUGUCAGGGAAGGAGUUUGGACGCCUAAAAGAUAGCAUAAAUUUCUGCCUAAAUCUUCCUCUUCCCUCCGCCGCUCCACCACCACUCCUCUACCACCGCCGGCGCCGUCCAUGGGAGGCGUACCUGAUCCAAAAUCGAAGCCCUCCCACUCUCACCCUAAGGAUGACGAAUAUCUUAGUUGCGUCAUUCCCAAGCGCAUAGCCGUCUUCGAAUCCAUCAAAGCUCAACAAAUCGCUCAUCGCCAAUCCAUUUCCGGCGACUCCAUCAAGAUAACUUUGCCGGACGGGACAGUGAAGGAAGGGAAGAAAUGGGCGACUACACCUCUAGAUAUUGCCAGAGAGAUAUCAAAAGGUUUGGCCUCCAAUGCGUUGAUUUCUCAAGUGAAUGGAGUUUUGUGGGACAUGUCCAGGCCCCUGGAGGGCGACUGCGAGCUUAAGUUGUUCACAUUCGAUAGUGAUGAAGGUCGGGACACUUUUUGGCAUUCGAGUGCACACAUUCUGGGACAGGCCCUUGAAGUGGCAUAUGGUUGCAAAUUGUGCAUUGGGCCCUGUACCACAAGAGGAGAGGGUUUCUAUUAUGAUGCAUUUUAUGGUGAACUGGGCUUGAAUGAAGAUCACUUCAAAGAAAUUGAAUCAGGCGCAUUGAAAGCUGUUGGGGAAAAGCAACCUUUUGAGCGCAUUGAAGUGUCAAGGAAUCAGGCUCUUGAGUUGUUUUCUGAAAAUAGUUUUAAGAUUGAAAUCAUCAAUGACUUACCUGAAGACAAAACUAUCACAGUAUACAGAUGUGGGCCAUUGGUUGAUCUGUGCCGUGGACCCCAUAUACCAAAUACAUCUUUUGUUAAAGCAUUUGCCUGUUUGAAGGCUUCAUCAGCUUACUGGAGAGGAAAUAAAGAUCGUGAGAGUUUGCAAAGAGUUUAUGGGAUAUCUUAUCCUGAUUCAAAACGAUUGAAGGAAUAUAUUGCUCGAAUUGAAGAAGCAAAGAAAUAUGACCACAGAUUGUUGGGUGUAAAACAGGAGCUUUUCUUCUGUCACCCACUUAGCCCAGGAAGUUGGUUCUUCCUUCCACAUGGGGGUCGAAUUUACAACAAGUUGAUGGAGUUUAUAAAAGCUCAAUACAAGGAAAGAGGUUACCAUGAGGUUUUCUCACCAACUAUGUAUAAUAUGCAACUUUGGGAAACAUCUGGUCAUGCUGCUAAUUACAAGGAGAAUAUGUUUGUAUUUGAGGUUGAAAAACAAGAGUUUGGGCUUAAGCCAAUGAAUUGCCCAGGGCACUGUUUGAUGUUUGAACAUAGAGUUCGUUCAUAUAGAGAACUUCCUCUUCGGCUAGCCGAUUUUGGGGUGUUGCAUCGAAAUGAAGCCAGUGGUGCACUUACUGGAUUAACUCGUGUCAGGAGGUUUCAACAGGAUGAUGCGCAUAUCUUCUGCAGGGAAUCCCAGAUAAAGGAUGAAGUCAUGGGCGUCUUGGAGUUCAUCAAUUAUGCCUAUAACAUAUUUGGGUUCACUUAUGAGCUGAAGCUAUCAACAAGGCCAGAGAAAUACCUUGGAGAUUUAGAAACAUGGGAAAAAGCUGAGGCUGCACUCACGGAAGCUUUGAAUCAGAGUGGGAAGCCGUGGGAGAUAAAUGAAGGGGAUGGUGCCUUUUAUGGACCAAAGAUAGACAUUAGUGUUUCUGAUGCAUUAAGUAGGAAAUUCCAGUGUGCAACAUUACAGCUGGACUUUCAGCUUCCUUCUCGUUUUGAUUUAUCUUACUCAGCUGAGGAUGAAGCUAAGAGGGAGAGACCUGUCAUGAUACACCGAGCCAUCCUAGGGUCUGUUGAGCGUAUGUUUGCUAUACUUUUGGAGCACUACAAGGGGAAAUGGCCCUUCUGGCUUAGUCCACGUCAGGCGAUUGUUUGCCCUGUGUCAGAGAAAUCUCAGCCAUAUGCACUUAAGGUAAGGGAUCAGAUUCAUCAAGCUGGUUAUUAUGUUGAUGUCGAUACAACUGAUAGAAAGAUCCAGAAAAAGGUACGAGAAGCUCAGUUGGCCCAGUACAACUAUAUAUUGGUUGUUGGCGAGGAGGAAGCCAAUACGGGACAGGUGAGUGUCCGGGUAAGAGAUAAGGGAGACCAUUCGGUUAUGAGCAUGGAAAACCUCCUCAGUUACUUCAAGAGUGAAAUUGCAGCUUUUCAUUAGGUUCUCAUGGAAAGGAAAUGGGUUCAGAAAAGAUGGAUCAAUAUGCAAGUGAUUUUAAGAAUUCAGUACUACCUUCUUGUAUUUUGAUUUGCCAUUUAUUUAUAAUUAACAACUGUUUUGUGCUAUGUGAUAUUUGGUUUAACAUUAGUAUUUUGGUUCACCUUGUAUUGGCAAAUAAAAGUUGUUUCUUGCUAUGAGAACUUGGC